GCUUCAUACAGGAAAUCUAUUGCUGUGUCAAGUUCCAGAGAAGUUUCUUCUGUUCCAAGUUACUAAUCUGGCUGAAACACAUAGAGUUGAAGGAAGGGGCUGGGAGGAAAGAAGUGCUGUGCUGCUAAUGGGCUAAGAAGAUCCAGUACGGAAGAGUCAAUCAGACAGAGCCUCACCAUGCCCAGAGCUCCUUUUACACCUGUGUGGAGGAACAGUGCUGAGUGAAGGGCACAAAAUAAGGCAACAGAAAUGCCCUGUGCUUGGAUAACUUCUGAUCUUCAGCUACGACUAAUUUUGACUCUCUUCUUAGUUGCAGAAUGCUUAAGUGCAGGAAUGGAAGGUCCUAUAACAUCAAACAACUCAAUGCAGCAGAUGGACAAUGGCAAUCACAGUUCAGAUUCAACAAUUACUUCUUCUAUGGACAGAAAGCAGAGCACUGUAACACUUCCUACAGAAGCUAACACUUCACUAUUGGUACUAGUGGGUACAAAGUCUGUGCUCUAUUGCCCUCCUGUGCUGCGGACAAAUGUGAUGGUAGCAACAUGGGAAAUAGUCCUCAGAGACAAGCCACCCUGCUUCAGAGCCUUUAGGCGUGAUAUGAAUCGGACAACAGAAAACUGUACAGAUGAGAGAAUAAUCUGGGCCUCCAGACCUGAUGAGAAUCUUGCUCUUCUGAUUUAUCCAGUGGCCAUCACUCAUGAUGGGAAUUACACGUGUCAUAUAGUAACACUUGAUGGGAAUUUCCAACAUGGAUAUCACUUCCAAGUGUUAGUGCCCCCUGAGGUGACCCUGAUUCAAACUGAGAAUGGAACUGCAGUGUGCAAAGCAGCUGCAGGGAAACCAGCUGCACAGAUCUCCUGGACCCCAGAGGGUGAUUGUGUCACUGAGCAAGAGCUUUACUGGGGUGAUGGCACAGUGACUGUCCAGAGUGCAUGCCGCUGGGGGGGCCACCACGUGCCUGCUGUGUUCUGCUCUGUCUCCCACUUGACUGGCAACAAGAGUCUGUCCAUACAGCUGGAAAGAGAUACCAAUAUAUUAUCACUUUCAAGUAUUUUAUAUAUCAUUCUCCCUAUUUUUACUAUCUUGGUCAUCGUGGGAUCCAUUUGGCUUUUGAAAAGCAAUCGCUACAGAAAAUGUAAAUUUAAAAAAACAGAACAUGCUCCAGUUGUUGAAGAGGAUGAAAUGGAACCCUAUGCCAGCUACACAGAGAAGAACAAUCCACUUUAUGAUAUUACAAACAGGGUGAAGACGUCUCAGGUAUUACAAAGUGAAGCUGAUGGGAUGAAUCUCCGUACUAUAUAUGUUCCUGGAGUGUUACACCAGGACAAGUGAAUCAAGAUACAGUACAGAUGCUGUUUUGAUAUUCUUAGAGUUCUGGAAUGGAAGGUCUAUUUUGAAAUUAGCUUUUCAAAGAUUCCUAGAAGACAGAGACAUUCUAGAGGAUAUGCAUUUAUAUCUUUAUACAAUCGAAAUUUUAGAAUUUUAGCUGUCAUGAGCUAGUUCUUUGAAGAAUUGUCAUUAUUACAAAGAAAGCGUAUGCUCAUGACUAAAUAUUCAAAUUGUUCAGUACAGUAGAUGAUGAAAACUGAGUUACUUCAAAUAACUCCACAGAAGGAACAGUUACUGACAGUUUUUAUGUAAUAUAGAAAAUUUCUAGGUGCAUAUGCCUUAUCUAUAUGUGCAUGGUGUAUAUGUACACUUAUAUGUUCACUCACAUAUACAUACACAUAUCCUUGUCAAUAUACAAAUGGGAACAUACCAUAAUUUUAUUCUUUACUUAUAGAAAGUUAAUGAUAUAAUAUAUCCUGGAGAUCUUUCAUAUCAAAACAAGCAGAGCUACCUCAUUCUUCUUAAUGAUUACUACAAUUCCAUUGUAUGUAACAGAAUUUAAUUUGAUUAAACACAAAUCUAGUGGUGGACAUUUAGAUUGUUUUGUUUGUUUUGCUAUUAUAAACAAUACUACAUAGAAUGUUUCUUGUGGAUUUAUCUCUUUGUCUGUGUUUGACCAUAUUUGUAAGAUAAUUUCCUUGAGUGAAAUUGCCAGGUCAAAGGGUUUGUGCAUCUUUAUUAUUGACUGAUAUGUCAAAUUUUAUCAAUUUGCAUUCCCUCUAGUCCUGUUUGAAUGUGCCUUUUCUGUUAUUUUAAUAUCCAUAAAAUGUAAACCUUCUGUUAGCAAAUAUAGAUUAUAAUAAUUUCACUAUUUAAUAAAACUGAAUUUAUAUUUUU